AUGCCUAUUAAAUGGAAACCAUCCUUCAGAUCAAUCAAUGUGAACACCCGUUUAUUUCCAAGUCGAGCUAGACAGUCUUCGAUCAGUGGAAAAUUACACGGCCUGUCCAAAAAUGGCUUUAAAAAAUUUUUUUUAAUAAAAAAUAAAAUUUUAAUUAUAUAUAAUUACCUGUUAGGUAAUUUAUCUGUCACAGAAUCUAACCUGCGCUGCACGGCAUUUACUAUGUCUUCACUGCUACUUACUGCUACUGUUACUGCUACUGCUACUGCUACUGCUACUGCUACUGCUACUGCUACUGCUACUGCUACUGAUACUGAUACUGCUACUGCUACUGCUACUGCUACUGCUACUGCUACUGCUACUGCUACUGCUACUGCUACUGCCACUACUAUACUGCUACUACCCCUGAUAGCCAAAUAA